AGAGCAGUGCGUCCUAAUAAUUCCUGAGGGGCUGAGCCGGCGAUGAGCAGUCGGGAGGUGGUCGCCCUGAGCGUGGGAGGUGUGAGGUUUGUAACCCGGGCGUCCACCUUGCGGCGGUUCCCCGAGUCCAGGCUGGCGCGGAUGCUGAGCGAAGACGACGAGGAAUUUCAGCUGGUGGACGGGGAAUUUUUCGUGGACAGGGACGGAGCGUUGUUCGCUUACAUCCUGGACUUCUUGAGGACCCUGCAGGUCUCUCUGCCUGCUGAUUUUUCGGACGUGGAGAGGCUGCGCAGAGAAGCGGAGUUCUAUCAGCUCCAGCCGCUGGCUGAGCUCCUGGGCCAGGAGCACCUGCUGAAGCCACGGCCGGAGAUCCUGGAGCUGCGUUUCUUCCUGCGGGAAACCCAGGCUUUUUUCCGCAUCUUUGGUUCCUGCAGCAGCACCGUGGAGAGGCUCGCCGAGCAGAUCACCGUGUUCACGGCGCAGAGGUGGAGCAGCCCUUUUCCUUCUCAGCAGCCACUCAUUCCCCUUCCCUCGGAAAGACCUUCUCAUCAUGACCUCAUAUUUCAGUGUGGAACUGAACGCGCCGCCGGUGACCAGCUUGUGGCCAGGUACGUUUCCAUAAAGCCUGACACCAGGAAGCUGAUUAACGGCGUUAACGUGCUGGGCCUGCUGGUUGACACCUUCCUCAAAGAUGGGUUUCGCCUCGUAAGCACCAGGACGGUUUCCAGCGAGGAGAAAGUGGAAUGCUACAGCUUCGAAAGGCUGCAGAGGCCAGCAGGCCUCGCCGUCGCGGUGAGCCAAAGCCCGGGGAGCACUGGGGCAGCACAGGGAAAAAGAAGCCACACGCAGAAGGGGAAAUAAAGCCUUUUCCUGUAAUCUUUUGAAGGUGGAAGAGGGCUGUGUCGGCACCACUGGCCCUUUUUUGUUUGCUUGUUUGAAACUGCAGCUAUUGAGGGAAGUAACAAACAAACAACAUUUUAUUUUUGUAAAGUGUUUGGAAAAAAAAAAAAAGCCUUCCUGCCUUUGAGUGCUCCACCCUCUUCAGUUCUAAAUAAACGAGCCACAGAUUCAAUACUGUGUUUGGGGACCAGAUUCCAGCAUUUUCCAGGGCUGGUUUUGUUUUUUCCAUGUGGCUAACGUUUAUGUCAGGACUCGCCGAAAACUCAGCCCCUCCUUCUAGAAACUCGUUUCUGUCCUGCACGUCAAUGUAAGCAGGCUUCAGAUGUGAUAACACACGAAGGAGUAAACAAGGUGACCCGAUUCUCCUCCGAGCAGUUUGGAGAAGUGGCUGGAGGAGCGGUGCGAAGCGGAACGAUGGGAUGCUGCUUCUGCUUUCGGGAGAGGACCUGCACGGCUUCUCCUGCGCGUAGCUGAAAGCUGCAGCAUCACCCGUUGUGUUGCUGUGUGACUCAAGAUGUGAGAAGGUGGCUUUGUGAAGCCACCACUGGUGUUGGUGUGUUGAUAAUGUGGUACUGUCUCUUGCAAAAUGCUCCUCUGUCCUCUGCCCCCAUCUGAGGACACUGAGCUGCUCUUUGGUGCUGGGAAUUAAGAGAGAAAGGUCUGCAGAGAACACUGGGGAAGCGAACAGAGGGUCAGUUCUCAGAGCUUUCACUGUAAGAAGAAGACAAAUACGAUAAUCAGUCCUUCAGAUGAAAGAGUUGGUCAAAUUUUUAACAAAAUUGAAGCAUUUUUUAUUGCUUGCUAAAUGCAAAAUGUAUUUAGGAGGAAGGCUCAGCAGAAGUUGCUUUUAAAGCCCUGGGGCUGUUAACCCUGUACAAUGCUUUGUAAAGAUGCCCAAAUUAUCUCAGGUUCCAGGCAAGUUAAGGAAGCUUUUAGAAAUUAAGAACCUUUCAUCCUGCAUUGUAAGCCUCAGACCUGGCUUACAAUGAGCUUUAAAAUGCAAAUUUAUUUGCAGCACUUAAGUCUGGGGGUGGUGGGGAUCACCCUCCUGUGCUUUGCCUGUAGGAUUUUCAAUGAAAUGGAUCAUUCCAGGCUGCUGAUACCACUACUGGGCGUUGGUUUUAUUUUGUUGCCACAAUAAAGCAUUUCAGCUCGACACAAAUUCAAAAGUCCACUGGCAAUGACGAGGUUCUCUUUGCUUCUUUUAGAGCUUCCUAGCGGGGAAAUAAUGUCAUUAUGGGACUACCUCUCCCAAGCAGCUCACAGGUUAAGUAAUGUAGAACAUCGUGAUGUAUUGAGUGUGGAAUAACAGCCUGGAUGCCUUCACUUCAAACUGGAUUGUAUUUUUUGGUCAAUGCGUUGAAGUGUUGAGCAUGGCCCUUUUGUUAGGCCUCUGUUUAUUUUAUUUACUUCCUCCUCACUACGGUUGUGCCAGGAGAACAAGGAACCAGCCCCUUCCAUACUCGCAGGGCUGCUGCCACAUGAUUUGGGCUUGUCCCGAGGCCCCAGGCCGGCUGCGUUUGCAGCCUCUGGAUGGUUCUGCCCUGCUGUGAAGGUCUGCGGCAGGAGCCACGCAAGGGUGGGCUUUGUGGUCGGCCUAUUGAAGGCAGAUUUAGGGUGGCACAGCAGGGUGCCGUACAAAAACACUCCUUGUUUUCAAAGCAGUGGGUUUGUUUUGAGGUACACGGACUGGCUUUCCAGAAAAGUUCCCAUUCCCCAAAUUGAAAUAGAACCAAAACCAAUAAUUGUGAGUAGUGAAUGAGUCCAUAACUGUGAGUAUUAGUGAGGAGGCUUACCAAUAAUAGCAAGAAGACAGAAGUGACAACUUUUUAUGGCAAAGAGGAAAAUAAUGGACUUGAAACUGUAACCAUCCUGAUACAAAUGAUGGCUGACAGCAACAGUGUAAUCCAUAUGAGAACUGUUUUAGAACUCUUUGUAGUAACAAAGUUAGGCUCUUGCACCUACUGUAGAAGUGGAGAGUUUAUUUUCACUGCUGUAGCAGCCGUUUCACAAACUGGGUUUGGACUCCUUUAAAUUGAAGUGAAACAAAAUUGGAAAUAUUUACAUUUGGAUUAAUAAAAAACUUUAACCUAUGCCAUUA